CGCUCCUCACACACUUUUAUCAAGCUACCCGCUUCUGUCUUCAGCGUUUUCACGACUUCUGCCAUUGCUUUGUGAGGAGAGACCGCUGCUGCCACAAACUGAGGAAUCAUGGUUCAAGCUAAGAAAUGGACAAUGGUCAAGCACUUCGAUGGCUUCCCAAAGAACAGCGACUUUAAGAUCGAGGUGGAGGAGCUGCCUGAGCCCAAGGAUGGACAGGUGCUUUUGGAAGCCGUGUUUCUCAGUGUUGAUCCGUACAUGAGGCCGUUCAGCAAGUUUGCCAUGAAGGAAGGAGAUGUGAUGAUUGGAACUCAAGUGGCCAAAGUCAUCCAAAGUAAAAACAAAGCGUUUCCUGUGGGCAGCCACGUUGUGGGUGAUUGUGGCUGGAGAACCCACAGCAUCUGCGAUGGCAAGGGUCUCACUCCCAUCAUUUCUGACUGGCCUAAAGAUCUCUCCCUGUCACUGGCUCUGGGUACGAUCGGCAUGCCGGGGCUGACUGCUGUGUACGGCCUAGAAGAAGUCUUGGGGCUCAAGGAGGGCGAGACCCUGCUGGUGAACGCUGCUGCCGGGGCAGUGGGCACCGUGGUGGGACAGAUCGCCAAGAUCAAGGGCUGCAAGGUGGUGGGUUCAGCAGGGUCUGACACCAAAGUGGCCUACCUCAAAGAGCUGGGAUUCGACGCGGCUUUCAACUACAAAACAGUGGGUUCUCUGGAGGAGGCUCUGAAGAAGGCUUCUCCAGAGGGAUAUGACUGCUUCUUUGAAAAUGUGGGAGGCCCUUCUUCAGCUGUUGCUUUGGAACAAAUGAAGAACUUUGGAAGGAUAGCUGUGUGUGGAUCUAUCUCCAUGUACAAUGACACUGCACCCCAGACAGGGCCGUGCUCCCACCUGACCAUGAUCUUAAAACAGAUUAAGAUGGAGGGCUUCAUGCAAAGUCGGUGGCAGCAUAAGCAUGAAGAAACCACCAAGAGACUGAUGGCUUGGGUGAAAGAGGGCAAACUGAAGUAUCGGGAGCACAUCACAAAAGGCUUUGAAAACAUGCCAGCUGCUUUUAUCGGGUUGCUGAAGGGAGAAAACAUCGGAAAGGCUAUCAUCGCGGUCUGAAGUGAAACGCUGGUUCAGUGCAGAAGAAUGGCGAUUACUAACAACUGACAUGAUUCAUACACGAAGGAAGGAGCAAUAGACAUACAACUAAUCAAACAGUUUCAUUAUAAGCUCUUCAUGGAGCUUUUGUAAUCACAACGAAACUGGAAAUGAAAGGAGCAAUAAGGCGACUCUGGGCACUAAUCUUACAGAAACUGAAAGUAAUAAUUAAUAGUAAGCUUCAUAGCAAUGAAUGGCAUAUACAUUUUGAAAUGUAAGCAGCAGCUCCUGCAUUUGUUAAGACAUUUUGACAGUUUGGAUAGUACCAAUAUUGCCGUUGUUCAGGAGAGACCAGAAGGAAAAAACUCUAGUUGGAUGACACAAGGCUGCUAUUGUUUUGCCAGCAAGUACCUGAAUGACCAGUUUGGAUCUGUUGCUGAUGCAUUUCAGCAUUACUCACUGCAAUGUACUUUACCAUGUAAAUUGUGUCUACGGCAAGCUUUUGUUUGGCUAAUAAAAGUGUUCUUUUUUUUAAGCUGAAAGGA